GCGCGGCUCGGAGAGGCGGAUGUAAGGCAGGCGCUGAUUGGCCCCGCUCGGCCCCUCACGGAGAGGGACGCGGGCCGGUGCCGGUGCCGCCAUGGAGGAGCCGCGCUGCGGGGCGCAGUUCCGCGCCGCCGUGCGGGUGAUCCAGGGGCUGCCGCGCAGCGGUGCGUACCGGCCCUCGUACGAGGAGAUGCUGCGCUUCUACAGCUACUACAAGCAGGCGACGGCGGGGCGCUGCCAGGGGCCCCGGCCCGGCUUCUGGGACCCCAUCGGCCGCUACAAGUGGGACGCCUGGCACAGCCUGGGCGCGAUGUCCAAGGAGGAGGCGAUGGCCGCGUACGUGGCGGAGAUGAAGAAGGUGGCCCAGAAGGUCAUCGACACCGUGCCCAUGGACGAGAGCACCGAGGAGAUGUUCCGCUACUUCGAGCCGCUCUACGAGGUGAUCCACGACAUGCCCCGGCCCCCCGAGUCCUUCUUCAAGAGGAAGGGGGGGGCUGGGCUGGCUCCUGCCCCCGAGGCGCUAGAGGGGAGCCAGGUGACGAGUGACUCUGAGGGGGACGCGUUCUGUGACACCCUGGAGCAGAUGGAGCCGGAGAAGGCCGGGCAGGUGCGGGGGCUCACCCCAAAGGGGGUCCAGGCUGGGGCUGAGCCCCCAGAGCCCCACAGUGCUGGGCAGGGCGAGCGGGGCGAAGGCAGAAGAGCCGAGGGGAGCAGCAGCACAGAGCCAGCCCUGGGCUCCGAGAGAGGUGUCCGGCCGGCCGGGGGGCACCCCGGGAGCAGCCCCGAGCUGGCAGCAGAGCUGGAGGCGCAGGUGGGCAGCGCGGUGCGGGCGCUGCAGGAGGAGCUGCGGCGGGCACGGGAGCGGCUGAGCCGGCUGGAGGCGCUCGGCGCUGCCCAGGGCGAGGCAGCUGGGACAGAGCCCGGCCCGGCACUUGCUCCACAGGCCGUGUCCCGGUGGCGCCUGGCCGUGUCCCCACGCACGCUGCUGUUCCUGGCCACCUGGCCCUUCGUCACGCAGUGGCUGCUGCGCCGCUGGCAGGGCAGGCGGAGGUGACCACCGCGUCCGCACCGCCGCCACCGCCGCCCUCACUGCCCACCCGCUUCGCACGA